AUGUCUUCCCAAUCUGAAUUGACUUGGGCUCAAAGAGCUUCGCGUCAAAAGGUGGGUCGAUUUCUCCAACCGAACAAGCGACGAUUGGACAAUCCAACUGAUGUACCACUGGUGGGUACUGUUCUCUAUGAAGAUGAUGACCUAAAGGGUCAAAUUUUGGCAAGCAAGGCUAUGGCGAUUAUUCAGCAAUCCCUUUCUUCUGGUUCUGUUCUGUUCACGUUUCAGAAAACUUUGUUUCCUGAUCGUGUUGCCGCUUACAAAGUGAUUCAAGAUCAAAUCUCACCUGACGUGGAAUUUCGACCUCUUAGUUUGUAUAAUUCUCGUGCUGAUGCACUACGGCCCAACUUGUGGAAUUUGAGGCUUGAUAGACUAAAAUUCACGGAAAAAAAAGAAUAA